GAGGCCGAGAGCUUCCUAAGCACACUUCGAAAGGCACGACGCGCUAGCGCGCAGUCCUUCGAGCUUUAUACGCCUGACGAAGAGCGCCGAGUGCGGCGCAAGCUUGACACUCAUCUUGUCCUAUUCGUCGCGCUUCUGUACCUCUUAUCGUUUCUGGAUAGAUCAAACGUCGGCAACGCCAAGAUCGCAGGCCUUACCAACGAUCUCAAGCUCUCGGACGACCAGUACGAAUGGCUGCUGACGGCAUUCUACAUCACCUACAUCUGCUUCGAAUGGAUGACUGUCUGCUACCAGAUCUUCCCUCCGCACAUCUACAUCAGCUGCUGUGUCUUCACGUGGGGCGUGCUCGCGUCUCUACAAAGUCUGACACUGAGCUUUCCGUCUAUGCUCAUUCUGCGCGCCCUGCUCGGCAUAGGCGAGGCUGCCUUCGUCGGCAUACCAUUCUACCUGUCAUUCUUCUUUCGGAAGGACGAGCUCGCUUUCCGCAUCGGCAUGUUCAUCUCCGCCGCGCCGUUGGCAACAAGCUUUGCGAGUACUCUUGCCUACGCAAUAGUACGCUUUGGCCAGGGUACAGGCAUUGCAAGCUGGCGGCUGCUCUUCCUUCUCGAAGGCUUCCCAGCGUGCCUCGUCGCCGUGUGGGCGUGGUGGUGGAUCCCAGACGCACCAGAGAGUGCUCGAUGGCUGACAAGCAGGGAGCGCAAGAUUGCCACUUUACGAAUGCGAAGGGAAGCAAAUGUCGGAGAGGCUUCUGAAAGGUCCGCCGUCCAAACCACACUACCGCGGCACAAGCGCAAGUUCCAAUGGCACGAGGUCUUACGCACGCUGAGAGAUCCGAAAGCUUACCUGACUGCAGCCAUGUUCUUCUGCUGCAACGUGGCGUUCAGUAGCAUGCCAGUCUUCCUGCCGACAAUUGUCCACUCGAUGGGCUACUCUACGCUUGCAUCGCAAGGCCUUUCUGCGCCUCCAUUUCUGGUCGCUUUUGCUGUCGUGCUGGUUACGGCCGUCGUCUCCGAUCGCCUGAAGAGCCGCGGCAUACCAAUGAUGUUUCAUGCCGUCCUCGCUGUAAGUGGGUACGUCUUUCUUGCGAUUGCAGGCGCGGUUCAAGCAGGUCAUAUCAUGCGCUACCUGGCUGUCUUCCCAAUCUGCGCCGGCUUCUUCUCAUGCGUCACCAUCGUCAUUACGUGGACAGUCAACAACCAGCCUUCAGAUGAAGGGAAAGGGACUGGAAUGGCUAUGCUUAACAUCAUCGGGCAGAUGGGACCUUUGCUUGGUACAAGGCUCUACCCCGAUGCGGAAGCUCCGUACUACGUCAGAGGCAUGAGCAUCUGUGCGGUAGCAAUGGCUCUAGUUGCGAUUCUCGCCUUUGCUCUGAGACUGGUGCUUCAAAGCGAGAAUGACAAG